GAGCACCUACUGCAUGCAGAUUUAUCAGAGAUGCUGGCUUGUCUUAAAGAAAGCAUCAAGCAAAGGCCCAAAACGACUAGAAAAGUUUUCUGAUGAGCGAGCUGCAUACUUCCGAUGCUAUCACAAGGUAACUGACCUCAGUCAUAUCAAGACUGUGACAAGACUGCCAAAGAGCACAAAGAAGCAUGCUGUGGCCAUCAUUUUCAUUGAUGAUACUUCAAAAACAUUUGCAUGUGAUUCAGACCUUGAGGCAGAGGAAUGGUGCAAACUCCUGCGUAUGGAGUGUCUGGGCAGCAGGAUCAACGACAUCAGCCUAGGGGAGCCUGACUUGCUGACAGCUGGAGUACAGAGAGAACAAACUGAAAGGUUCAAUGUUUAUUUGAUGCCGUCGCCUAAUCUGGAUGUCCACGGGGAGUGCACCUUGCAGAUCACGUACGAAAACAUCUGCCUUUGGGACAUUCACAAUCCCCGAGCGAAGCUGGUGUCGUGGCCCCUCAGUGCUCUCCGACGAUACGGUCGGGAUUCAACAUGGUUCACCUUUGAAGCGGGCAGAAUGUGCGAGACAGGAGAAGGAUUAUUCACCUUCCAGACAAGAGAAGGUGAGGCAAUCUACCAGAAAGUGCACUCCGCAGCCCUGGCCAUUGCUGAACAGCAUGAACUAACGUUACAGAGGGAGAAAACUUCACGGCAUCAGAUGAAAGGGAACGAAAGGACAGCCUCGCUGGGCACAAUGAUGCCUCUUCCUCGAAGCGCCUACUGGCAGCACAUUGCAAGACAACACAGCGUAAACCACCUUCACAUUUUAGAAGAUGACUCGUUUUCUGUGAGGAUUCCCCGGGCAGAAACUUUCCCCAGUUACAGCUCACAGCAUUGACAAACACUUCCCCACCAGAAACACUAGUGGCUCUACGUCUAAUGGUGGCACCGAAGCUUGCCCAAUAAACAAGCAAGAAAGAUGCCUGGUUUGAACCAUAUUUGCAAUAUCUUUUAUAAAACUGGUAUUUUACUCAUUGAAGAGUCGGCGCAUCAAGGAGGAAGAAGGCAUUGGACUUAAUGCACACAGAAAGAAAGCUUUGCUUUUUACUAACGAAAUGACAUUGUGCUGCUCAAGGGUCUGGUCAUAUUUCAACAAGUACAGUUAUAUCAAACUGUUAGAAGCAUCAGUAUGUUUUGAGCGAACAAAUUCAAGGUCUUAGUAAACUAUAUUAAUAUAAAUCAACCAUCACUUUUAAUUUAUGAUCAAAAUCAUCUUACCAUUGAACCAGGGCAUAUUGAACCAUUUGAUUAGUCAUUCAGC